CAUAUUUAUCUUCUUGUGAUUGUACCUUUUGACGUUUUGUUGAUGGUGUUGCCAGGAAGAUCAUAUCAUAGACUGAGACUCGAGACUCCAUUUCAAAGUCAAAGACAGAAGUCAAUGUACCCACGGCACGACAUUCUGAGACAAAACAAUGGAGGAAUUCAAUGCUGAAGAGGUACCUCCUUUAGAGGACAUGAGCGAGCUUCUGGAACAAGCUCUUCAACUACAGAAAAUGAAGGAGAAAAAGGGCGUGGCUUCAUCAUCAUCAGUCCGUGGUUCUUUAAAAGUUGAAGAAAAGCCUCAGAGGGUAACGCAGGAACCUACAAAACACGAAACAGAGACUGAGAAGACACCACCCCAGACCAACAAACCGGCUUCCUCUAAAGCCAAGUCCUUUGGAGGCCUGAAGAAAGGAUUUCUCUUUGGUUCUGCACCCAAAUCAUCUGGAAAAGCUUCUUCACAAACUUCUAAACAGCGCCCUCUCGUAGAGCCAUCAAACAAGGCCCAGACAGCUGUAUCAGUUGAAGGUCUUGAAGAUAUUCCGCUCAUCAAACCUCAAGGUGAUGGUGCACAGAAUGGAGCGCAGAGGAUCCAGGAGGUUCAGGAUGCACUGAAGGCCAGUGCUCCGUUUCUUGAAAACAAAGACUGGGUGAACGACGAUCUUCUGUCAAAGAUUGAGAAACAUCCUCGUUUGGCACGACAGCUGUCAGAUCCUCGUUUCAGCCAGGCAAUGUCCAUGUUCCAGUCUAACCCACAGGGUGCCAUGAAGUACUUCCAAGAUAACCCAGAAAUUCAGACCUUCUUUCAAGACUUCUGUGCAAUUCUUGGGGAUCAUUUUACUGGUCUCAGUUCCACAUCAUCAAACCAACCUUCUCCGUCAGUCCCCAAGGUGACUCCUGUCCAAGAAGUCAAAGUUCAUGAUAGUCCAGGUGCAGACAUGAGCGUGUCCAGCAGUACUGACCCCAAGCAAGCAACGGCUGCAGAUGAAGCCAAGAUGAAGGAGAUCAUGGCUGAUCCUGAUGUUGUCAAAGCUUUUGGUCAUCCGCAGAUACCCCUUCUCUUUGAGGCGCUACAGAAGAACCCUGAUCUAGCUCAAAGGAUGAUGCAAAGUGCAGAUGCUGACUUCAGACGGCACGUACAGACGUUGGUGAAGAAAGGACUUCUGGGGUUUGCAAGGUGACAAGAUGGACUUCAGAUUGAGAGAAGUCAUUAUGGAGGACAUGCCUUUCAAUAUGCUGAACAUAAUGGAGUA